AUGAACCUCCAGGCCGUCGCUCCAGGCCUCCGACUGCCGCUGCUGCCGCUGCUUCUCAUAGCUGACGAAAGCGAGGAAAUCGUCCAGACGUAUAUUGACGAGGGAACUAUGUACAAGAUUGCUAUGGACGAUGGAGAGGUGGUGGGGGUGGUGCAAGUGAUUGGAGACGAAAUCAAAAACCUGGCUAUAGCUCCGGGCAAUCAGGGUCAGGGGCUGGGAAAGAAGGCCAUAAAGCUGCUUCAGGAGCAACCUCAUGUGUCCAAGCUCGUCGUGGGCACCGCAAACUCGUCUAUCGACAACCUGGCCUUUUACCAAAAGUGCGGUUUUCGGUUCAGCGACAUUCGACGAGACUUUUUUCUAAAGUACCCCGAGCCCAUUUUCGAAAACGGCAUUCGGGCUAUCGAUAUGCUGAUGCUUGAAUGGACAAAGUGA